AUGGAGGUGCGACGGAUCAUCUCCACGGUCAUAGCCGACCUCCGGGAUAAACAGGGGCACUGGUAUCGGGGAAUUCAUGUACGGGACAUGAAACCCGCCAGCCGCGACGAACGAAGCAGCGACAAACCCCAGGGCCCGGAGACCCCGCGAGCCGGCCCUGUACGUGCCGUGCACCGACCAAGCUCCCGCGACGCCGGCAAGCGGAAGCUACUGGCAUUGGUCGGGUACGCACCCCCGCCACCCACCGGCCGCCCCAGGGGCCAGCCCCACGUCCGGCCCGUGGGAUGGGCAACCGGCAACCGACCGCCGACCACGCCGUCAACCUCGGCUCGCUCAGGCCCGAGAAUCCUUCGGGAGGAGACACCGAACCGUAGGGUGGUCCUACAGACGCCACCAGUCCUCCGGGCACCACACGCCACCUGGCGCACCCCCGCAGAGGUCGGGACCGCUGGCCCCCCCACUUACAACACCACCGGCGCCACCACCAUCAGCGCCACCAGCAACGAAAGGACGGGUAGGCGCCCCCCGACGACGACGUGCCGGGCUUCGUCGCCGAGCAGGCCGCCGUCCAAUAGCAGAAGGGAGGAACCUCCGGCCACGUCUGGGAUAGCGGAGGUCAACCCGAGGGACGACGCGGCCCAGAGCCCGAAUCGCGACCUGCCGCCACCGCGACCGCUCACCACCCCGGGUUGCACCGGCAACACCGAUCGCGCGCGCCUCGGGCACAGUGUAGAUCCUCACUCCCUGUACGCAAUAAACUCAAGGCAAUAA